AUGGCUGAUCAUGCAGAAUGGCUUGAUUAUUUUACACCAGUUAAUUUCUCGUCAACACGAGCAAAAUGGGCUUGGAAUAUUGGACGAAAUGAAAAACAGUACAGAAAUGAACAUGGUUUGAUAUAUGAAGUCUCUGUACCAACAUUAUUAAACCGUUAUUUUCUCGUAUAUGAAUCGGAUCAAUUAUCUAGCAAAGUACCUUUGUUAAUAUUUUUCCAUGGUUUGAAUUCGUCAGCUUGGUUUAUGGCUUUAGUUCGAACAAAAUGGAUUGAAAAAGCGAAUAUUAAUAAUUGUUUAGUUGUUUUCGGACAGAGUAAAGGUAAACAAUUUCGAAAAGGACCUAAAUAUAAUCGACAUAGUGCAGUACAAUUUGGUGAUGAUUUAUCUUGGGAAAUUCAAGAACCUGAUGAUGAUUUUAUUUAUCUUGAUUUUAUUCUUGAUUAUAUGAAAGAACGUUAUGCAGAAAAAUUAGAUUUAUCUCGUAUUUACUAUACUGAUUAUUCUAAUACUGGUCUAUUCAGUUCAAAUGUUGCUAUUCAUUAUGGUGGACAUGUUUUUAGCGCAGUUUGUAAUCAUUGUGGAGGUUAUGGUGGUCUAGGAUAUAAAAAUGAAGAAUUACUUGAUCCAAAUACGAUUAAAAAACCAGUACCAAUUUAUAUACUAACCGGCACUCGAGAUAGCUACUUAGCAAGUUGUGAAAAAGCAAAAAACCUAUUUGAAAAUGCCGGAUGUCCUGUAAAAAUAGACAUUAUGAAUGAUAGAAGUCACCGUUAUUACGUAGAUAAAGAAACAGAUUUUUGGAAUUUUUUAAGUUCAUAUCAAAAUAAAAAUGAUUAAUAAAUAAAUAUGUAUUCUAUCAACUCCAUAAAAAAACUAUUUUGUAUUUUCGUAUUUGAAUCUAGUAGAUAGAUUUUAAUAUUUAUUCUAUAUUGAAUUAUACAUCUUGAGAGUGUAGGAGUCGGUCUUCUAUUAACCCACACCCUCAAAGGAAUUUCGUGGAAUAGAGAUCGAUUAAAAUCUGAUUUUCUCCUUGUUUUUUACAUGGGCAGUCAUUCAUUCUUGUUUUGUUGCGACUAAUAAUAGCAAAGAUAACGCACAUAUUGAAGCAAUCUAGGAUUACAGAGUCUAUAGUUUGCUUUCCCUUUCUAUCUGUAGAUAAAUAAUCAUGUUUUCUUCACCUAUGAAUAAGUUUUAUCUUUAUUAUAUGCACGCAGCUGUCUCAAGCUUAUUUCGUUCUUCCUACAUUAGUAUAUUAUUAGCUUAUACCUUUCGUUUCUUAAUGCAUAGUGUAUUUCCUUAUUCCCGUAAAUGAAAUGUCUUCUUUAUAUUUUUUUUCUAUAUCGAUAUUCUAAUAUUAAUCUAGUUUUACUCGUUCUUGUAUGUCUAAUGGAUCUUUCUUUGAUGGAAUAGUACAUUAGAGGUGAAAAAGAAUAUUGUAACGUGACAAUUUUGAAUAUGGCUAGUAUUUAUUUGAGCACUAAAAAGAUUCUAUUCGAGCAGUUUUAAAUUAUGAAAUAAGUAAUAAUUAAUCCAUUAAAUAGCAAUAUUAAUUUCAUAUUUUAGUAUUAAGAAAAAGAAGAACUCCAGCUUUUAUUUCUACAAUGGAUCCUAUGAAAAAGUAAAAUGAGCAAUUAAUGUACUAUUGUAGUAAUAAAGCUUUUUUUGCUUUAGAUGGUCUGCCUCUUUUCCUUUUUGUGCCGAUAUUCACAUUUUUUGAGUGUGGGU